AUGGAAGCUGAUUGGGAUGAGCUGUCGCGUAUCCCGAUGCCACCACCCAGUCCGCACGGGAUGCCCACGAAUGCGACGGCGGUGGCAUUUGAUGAUGUUAUGGAACUUCUGUGGGCGGGCAAUGAAUAUGGUCGAAUCACUUCUUUUUACGGACCCGAGCUCCAACGAUAUACUUCUGUGCGAGCGCACCCGGUCGCAGAGGGCAUGGUUCGACAGAUCGCCUUUCAUGAACGCGGUGUGAUCUCGUUAUCUUCGAAAAGUGUGCAUAUGAUUACUCGUCGUGGGUUGACACAGUGGCAUAUUGCCGAUGAGGAGAUGCUAGAUCUCCGAUGCAUGAGUUUCACAGCACAGACAAAUCGAAUCUUGGUGGCGGGUUGUCAGCGCGUGAUGUUCACGAUCGACAUUGACAAGGGCACGAUUGUCGACAAGUUGCCUACCGAGCACAAUUAUACCCUCAUGAAGAAAAGCCGAUAUCUCUGUGCGGCUACGGAUAAUGGCUCUGUCAAUGCACUCAGUCUCUUGGAUUUCAGCGUCGUCAAGUCUUGGAAGGCCCAUGGCACUGCUGUGAAUGAUAUGGAUGCGCGAAACGACUUGCUGGUUACCUGUGGUUUCUCGGUACGCCAGCUUGGAUCUUCAAUUGUGGAUCCGCUCGCCAAUGUAUAUGACUUGAAGACAUUGACGCCUUUGCCUCCGAUUCCGUUCCAUGCUGGUGCGGCAUAUGUACGGAUGCAUCCGAAACUACACACGACAAGUUUUGUGGCGUCACAGACUGGGCAGCUCCAAGUUGUAGAUCUGAUGAAUCCCAACUCGGUCAAUUUAAGACAAGCAAAUGUUACAUUGAUGCUGGGACUCGAGAUUUCACCCUCUGGAGAGGCUUUGGCCAUCAACGACGCGGAAUGCUCUAUUCAUCUUUGGGGCUCACCAACCAAGAUCCACUUCAAUGAAAUGAGCAAAGAAACAGAGAUGCCAGACGUGCCGACCCGGCCACCACCCAUUGAUUGGUCGCCUGAAACUCCGUUGAACAUGAUCGGGAUGCCAUACUACCACGAUCGCCUCUUCUCGGCGUGGCCCAGCCACCUUUUGUUUGAGAUUGGGAGCCCGCCAGCACAACUCGACCAAUCCUUGCUUCCAUAUUUACGUCCUGCGGAGGUUGGUCAUGGCGCUCCGAAUCCCCGAAAGACACGUCGAUACCAGAUUGAGAACACUCGCGCUUUGGCUACUGCAGAGCCAGCCCUCAUUGCGCCUAAGUUCCUGAGUGAAAAAGCCCGGGAUCACGGAAAAUCAAAAUCUGAUGGUUCAAUCGCUGAUGCGGCCGAGGCACUGGCCGGGGCAAAGAUCAAUGGCGAAAGUGAUGACGAUCCCCUGCUCAAAUACAGUAAUGUCGAGAUCAAGUAUAGUCGCUUUGGUGUCGACGAUUUCGACUUUCAAUUUUACAACAAGACCAAAUUCUCUGGCCUUGAAACACAUAUCGCAAACUCCUUCACCAACUCCCUCCUUCAGCUUUUCAAGUUUAUUCCUUUAUUCCGAAACCUUGCUCUCCACCACGCAGCUGGCUCUUGCAUAUCUGAAUACUGCUUGCUAUGUGAAUUAGGCUACCUGUUUGACAUGUUGGAAAAAGCGAAUGGCCAGAAUUGCCAAGCGACCAAUUUACUGAAACUUUUCAGCAGCUUCCGGGAAGCUUCUAACAUGGGGUUGUUGGAGGAAAACCUUACAAACAAGUCCCUCUCUACAGCGAUUCAAGCAGUGAAUCGCUUCUUCCUGACUCAGAUUUCAUGCGACUUCCGCACUGUCCAGCCCAAUUCUGAAGAGCUGGACCAGCGCCUCUCGACAUUUGCUUCUGAGUCAAUACGGUGCAUGUUUUGUCAGAAUGAGACAGUUCGCCCUGGAAAUUCUCUAGCAAACGAACUUCUCUACCCAAAUAUGGACAUAAAACAGGCGCGGCGCAAUCCUGCUUUCCGCUUCUCCAAUAUUUUGCGUGCCAGCAUUGAACGUGAAACGCAGAAUCGCGGAUGGUGCAAUUACUGCCGACGCUACCAGCAGGUCAUGAUUCGGAAGACUGUACACCGGAUGCCUCUUGUGUUGCUGCUGAAUGCAGCAGUAUCGACAAAUCCCAUAUGUCGCCGGCUAUGGGCUAUUCCUGGAUGGUUGCCCGAUGCAGUAGGUGUCAUCAUCGACAAUGGUCAAGUCAUGUGCUUUGAGGGCGAGGAUCUUCACGUACGAAUGCAGAAUAAUACUCCUGGCUUGGCGGUGUAUGAUCUUGUCGGCCUUGUCGCAGAGAUUGACAUUGCAGAACAUCAGAAGCCGCAUUUGGUGUCUUUUGUCAAUGUCUCAGUCUCGGAGCAAGAACCCCAAGAGCAAGGCAAAUGGCAUUUAUUCAAUGACUUCUUGGUUGCCGAGGUUGACCGUGAUGAGGCAUUGGGCUUUACGCAGAGCUGGAAGCAACCUUGUGUGCUGGCUUUUCAGGCACGGGAUGCCCGUCAUGUUGUUGAUGACUCGUGGAAGAAUGCCCUCGAUACCACUUUACUCUUCCGCGGAAUGUCAUCCAGUGGCGGCCGUCAAGUUGAGUCUUUCCAAGCCCUUAGCGAGGAAGAAAAGCCAAAGCCUGGUACGCCUGUAGCGCUCGACACCGAGUUUGUCGACCUCGAGAAAGCUGAGAUAGACGUCAAGGCCGAUGGGUCGCAAGAGAUUGUUCGGCCCAACAAGAGUGGUCUUGCUCGAGUCUCUGUUUUGCGCGCUUCCGGCAUCCAAGAGGGUGUGCCGUUCAUAGAUGACUACAUCACAAUUCGCGAGCCGAUUGUCGACUAUGUCACGCAGUACUCUGGCAUCAAACCUGGUGACCUAGAUCCACGAACAAGCGAGCAUAAUCUCGUACCUCUCAAGACCGCCUACAAAAAGCUUUGGCUUCUGCUCAAUCUAGGAUGUAUUUUCGUGGGACAUGGCCUGGCCUCUGAUUUCCGCAAAAUCAACAUUCAAGUGCCGAAGUCGCAGACCGUUGACACCCAGUACCUCUUCUUCCACCCCGGCAAGAACCGCCGCCUGAGUCUUCGUUAUCUUGCCUGGGCCGUGUUUAAGGAGUAUAUCCAAGAAGAACCGAAUCCCGAAACCAUCCAGGGCCAUGACUCCAUUGAAGAUGCACGCAUGGCCAUGCGUCUAUGGAAAAAGUUCCAGGAAUACGAGGAUGCAGGCGUCGCCAACCAGAUGUUGGAAGAAAUCUUCCGUGAAGGAUCCAAACUUGGGUUCCGCCCUCCUCCCAAGAACCCCACAGCAGCAGUUCUCUCUCGCCCUGGUACCGCAGUCACUAUGCAGAAUGAUAGUGGCCGUAAUACACCCUCUACCCCCGAUGCUGGUACUACUGCUAUACCUGCUGCAACCACCGCCGGAGCCGGCAGUACUACUGCCAAUGCGGCACCUACUAGUGCUCCUAGCACCCCUCGCCAGGCCUUCCGGCGAUCAAUCGCCCUCACCCCAAGCAAUGGCAGCUUCUCUGGACCCGGCGCUGGGGACUUCUUUGGUGGAAGCCCAUUGCGAUAG